ACAUUAAUAUUGCGAUGAUUUCUACUUCUCUUUUGCAAGUUGGAAAAUUCCUUGCAAUGGUCACUUAGGGCCUUACUGAAUCAGUCACUAUGGACUCUCUCAAGGAGAAGUUGCAUCACACAAAACUGCACGAUGCCAAAGUCAAAGCAAGCCAUCUGAAACACAAGAUUGGAAAACUCGAGAAUUUGUUCAACCCCAAUCAUCGCCACGACGAAGCUCACGAACAAGAGGUAGACCAGAAGCGUACUGCCAUUGCAGAAUCUCACAGAUUUCAGUCCUUUGCUCCUGAGCAUGACGGAAACAAAGUCAAGUGGUAUGUCGACGCCUCAGACUACAUGUGGGCUGUCUCUGUGGCUCUUGACCGCGCAAAGGAGACUAUUUAUAUCGCGGAUUGGUGGUUGUCACCCGAGUUGUUUAUGCGAAGACCUCCGAAUCGCAAUCAGGAGUGGAGAUUGGAUCAAAUCUUGAAAAGACGCGCCGAGGCUGGUGUGCAGAUCUAUGUCAUUGUCUACAAGGAGGUUGAGCAAGCUUUGACGUGUAACUCUGCACAUACAAAGCACGCCUUGAGAAGUCUGUGCCCUCAAGGAUCAAAAGGCGCGGGUAAUAUUCAUGUUCUUCGACAUCCUGAUCACAACAUGUUUGAAAACCUGGGUGACAUGACCUUCUAUUGGGCCCACCACGAAAAAUUCGUGGUCAUCGACUAUGCAAUCGCCUUCAUUGGCGGUAUCGACCUCUGCUUUGGUAGAUGGGACAAUCAUCAACAUCCACUCGCCGAUGUCCACCCAGCUGGUAUAGAAAAUGAGAUAUUCCCAGGCCAAGACUUCAACAACAAUCGGAUUAUGGACUUUCAGAGCGUCCAAGACUGGCAGAAUAAUGAACUUAACAAAACUGAAUACGGCCGUAUGCCCUGGCACGAUGUCGCCGUGGGGGUAAUUGGUGACUGUGUCUAUGACAUAGCCGAACACUUUGCGCUGAGAUGGAAUUGCGUAAAGAGGGACAAAUACAAACGUGACGAGAGUGUGGAUUAUUUACUCAUCGAGGGCCGUACUGGUGAGGAUGAGGGUCUCCUUGGCGUUCAACGUCCUAAGUUCCCCUGCGGAGAAUAUAUUCAACAUCCUCUGACGCCAUUGAGCACAAAGCCUCGCGGCGAGCAGGGUACGGUUCAUGCUCAGAUUGUCAGGAGUAGCGGAGACUGGUCCUCGGGAAUCUUAACGGAGCAUAGCAUACAGAAUGCAUACUCGGAAAUCAUCAAGAAAGCGGAGCAUUUUGUGUAUAUUGAAAACCAAUUCUUUGUGACUGCGACGGGUGAUCAGCAAAAGCCUGUUGAAAACACUAUCGGCCGUGCCAUUGUUGAAGCUGUGGUUCGUGCUGGAAAAGAAGGACGGAAGUUUCGAGUGAUUAUUGUCAUUCCAUGCAUUCCCGGCUUUGCAGGCGAUUUGCGCGAGAAUGCUGCUGCAGGUACUCGUGCCAUUAUGGACUACCAGUACAAGUCCAUUCUACGGGGCGACGAUUCAAUUUUUGGACAGAUUAAAGCCCAAGGUGUUGAUCCAACAGAGCAUAUAUUCUUCUUCAACCUUCGCUCCUACGACCGCAUCAACAAAACCGCAGAAUUAGUGGAGCAAGAACAGAAGUCUGGCGUCCAUUAUCAAGACAUCCAGCGCGCAAAUGCGGAGCAAGUGAUGGGCGAAAGUGUUCACCCAGGUAUUGGCAAAGAAGGUGAUUUCACAGAACACGAAUAUGGCAUUAGCAAAGAAGACCAGGAGAAGAAGAUCGACAGUUUACGAAGGUUCGAGGAGCAACGUGAACAGGCAUACGGUAAAGAUAGGGAAAUUAAGAGCAGUGAUAACAUCGUGCAAAAUGCCAUGCUUAAUCAACGAAAAGUAAGCGAGGAAUACUGGGGCGGAGAUGAUCCCGAGAAAGAGAAGGAUAACUUCAUUCAAGAGGAGUUGUACGUUCAUGGCAAAGUAUGCAUUGUCGAUGAUCGGGUUGUUAUUUGCGGUAGUGCCAACAUCAAUGAUCGAUCACAACUUGGGGACAGAGAUAGCGAACUCGCCAUUGUCCUCGAAGACACCGACAUGAUCGACAGCACCAUGAACGGCCAACCAUACCGCGCUGCUCGUCUCGCAGCAACUCUCCGACGUCAUUUAUGGCGUGAACAUUUAGGACUUCUUCUCCCCCAAGAACUCGACGGCAGCAACAACCCUAAUGCCCAACCACCAGACGACUGUCCCAACAGUAUCGGCGAAGGUCACGAAUACGAAUUCGUCACUGACCCUCUAAGCGAAGAGCUAUGGGAAACAUGGACAACGCAAGCUACCACAAACACCGAAGUCUUUCGAUUCCUUUUCCGUGCUGAUCCGGAUGAUCAUAUUAAGACCUUUGAAGACUACGAUCAGUUUGCGCCGAGAAAAUCGAUUAAGCAAGGGCAUUUACAUGAUCCAUACAUGCCGGUCAGUAUUGUGCGUGAGAAUUUGGAUAAGAUUAGGGGUCAUCUUGUUUGGAUGCCGCUUGAUUUCUUGAAGGAUGCUGAAAUGGCUGAGCCGGGGUUGUCGGUAAACCAUAUUACAGUUAGUAUUUAUACGUAGGUGGAAGUCAUUGAUGGUGCCGUUCUUUUUUCAUCUUGUUCUGUUAUUCUAUACAUGUUUCUUGGGCGCCAUGUCAACUGUCAUGACAAGACCUGGUCCCAAUUUGAGAUUACUUCUUACAGUAUCACGCUUCCCAUAGUAUAGUGUACAUAAAGUCGUUCUCCGACUCAAUCUUGAUACCAAGC